CGUCGAGACUAUUCCUGGGAACAUUAAUUCGUUUCGAAUAUAUCAACCCGUGCGGGGUUUCGAGUUAUUGACAAACCUUGAUCUCCGUUCCCAGAUGGCUUUAGGGUCGACAGCUGCAUUGUGAUAUCCAAGUUCCGGUAGGAGCUGUACUGAGUGUCCUUCUGGGUGUGGUCGCACAAUUUGGAGAUACGGGUAUAAAUACAACGCAGUUGUCCAUCAGGAAUAGUUCAAUACCAUCAUAUCAUCGAGAGCCCAAGUUUCCCAUUCAUCAUGAGGUUCGUUACUCUUGCCUCUCUGGCUGCGGCAGCCGUCGCCCAGGAGCUCUGCGAACAGUAUGGCACACACGUCAGCAGCCCCUAUAGUGUCAACAACAAUCUGUGGGGGAUGGACUCCGGUUCUGGCUCCCAGUGCACAUAUGUUGAUGGUAUUUCGGGUUCGGGCGCAGCAUGGCACACCACAUGGACCUGGUCUGGGGGUGAGGACGAGGUUAAAAGCUACGCCAAUUCCAAGCUCGAGGACCUGAACAAGGCGCUUAUCAGUGAUAUUCAGAGCAUUCCCACCACAGUGGAAUGGAGCUAUGACAACACCGACAUUCGGGCGAAUGUAGCGUACGAUCUCUUUACGGCGGCCGAUAUUAACCAUGUCACCUACAGUGGCGAUUAUGAGCUGAUGAUCUGGCUCGGUCGUUUCGGCGGCGUCCAGCCCAUUGGCUCUCAGAUCGGCAGUGCCACUGUUAGCGGAGCUACCUGGGAGCUGUGGAAUGGCAUGAAUGGGGAUAUGGAGGUGUUUAGCUUUGUUGCGGCCAAUCCCCUGACAUCCUGGUCCGCUGAUAUCAAGGAAUUCUGGACCUAUUUGGGUGAUCAGCAGGGGUAUCCUGCAGCAAGCCAGUAUCUUAUUAAUUUCCAAUUCGGCACAGAGCCUUUUACAGGAGGUGAAACCACCCUCACGGUUGCCCAGUGGACUGGUAGCGUGUCCUAAGGGAGCAUGCUUCCUACAUUUGUCAUAUUGGGCUGACAUCAUACAACAUGGGAAUCAGUAUCAAUGACAGGUUUCGCUUAGGCCCUACACUAGCUUCUCAUUAGUAAACUCUAUCAAACUCUCGAGUCAAGUAAGGCUUAAUAGAUUUGACAGUAAUUAAAAAUAUUAUACUGCCACCCGCACUGGCCGAAGUAGCCGUGUCACUCACCUGGGACGAAGUCACAUCAACGUCCCACGGCUGCGACUUUGAACCAUACACCCAAUUUGAAUCUCCUGAGGAAACCACAAGCUGGUUCCGUCUAUACACCGGUAACGAGACAGCAGACAGCAGCCAAUUACGCAUCUUCGG